AGCUGCUACCAAACACUCCUGACUUUUUCCCAUCUGAAUCUUGACUUUUCCACGAGGUCACGUGACAAAAUAUACUUCCUAACCACCAGCCGAAACCAAAACGUGGCCACGUGGAAGUUUCUAACAACAAUGUUACGUCAAAUGAAGAAAAAAAACAAGGAAGUAUCGGGCUAGCAGAGCCUCCGGAAAUUCCCAGCAAGCACUGACCUACCUCAUUGUUACCAUGGGGUGUGUCUGUCGUCCCUGGCCCUGGACAGAGUAACUCUCCUCACCAUGGCGGAAGGUGGUUUAGCGAUAACUGAAUGGGGUCGGCUGGAGUCUGCAAUCAUCAGCGGUCUCAGGCAUCUGAGAGAUCGGUACCUACAGAGAUCGCGUGUCUGGGGAGAGCAGAACAGAGAUGUCACUGAAAGGGAACUAUCAAGUGACAGCAGCGACCUGAAUUUGACUUCCCUCUGUGGGUUACCGACUGAUAUGCAGCUGUAUAUUAUAUCAUUUCUUUCACCACAAGAUGUAUGCCAGCUUGGAAUGACAAACCACUAUUGGCAUCUAAUGGUACAAGACCGUCUACUCUGGCGAUAUUUUCUCUUACGAGAUCUACCUACCUGGUCUUCCAUUGAGUGGCAAAAUGUACCAGAUUUAGACGUUUUAACAUCAUGCUUUUCUGAAUCGCCAGACAAAAAACCGUAUGACUAUAUGAGUAUCUAUUUGAAAAACUGCCCAAAAAACAGAAGAUCUCUGAGAUCUAAACAUCCCAUUUAUGGAGCAGUCACUUCGUUUCUUCAAUCGCUGGUGAUUCACACAGAGCCUCGCUUCGCUAUGUUUGGUCCUGGUCUAGAGCAACUUGAUGACUCUUUGGUGACACGGAUGAUGACCUCUCCUGACCUGAUACCAGUAGUGAGCAUUGUGCAACGCCAAAUUGAUGGAAUUGGUUCGGGUGUGACUUUUCAGCUAGACAGUCAACACAAAUUCAACAUUUUAACAUUAUAUUCUACAACAAGAACGCAGCGAAAACAAGCUCGAAUAGAACAGACCGCAACAGUAAACAAAAUGUUUAUGGGUAACAAUCCCGGUGAGAACGAGGCACUCGUUUUUACUCUGAUCCCUCAAGUGAAGGAAGUGUGUAAAGUUGUUGAUGGCUUCAUUUAUGUGGCAAAUGCUGAAUCAUGGAAAAGGCACAAUCGCGAGGAAGAAGUGGCACAGAUUUCAGCCAUGACUGAUCCAUCGUUGGGUUCAAAGAGGAGGCCGAUGUUGGUUUUAUCAUGUGUAACACAUCCUGGAAAUAAACGUAUUCCCAGUGUGUAUAUGGCACAUGAAUUAUGUCUUAACAGGUUAAAUCGACCCUGGUUGGUACAAAAUACAGAAGCAUCAACACUUUCAGGACUACAUGAAGGCAUUGUAUGGAUUUUUAGUGAAGUUGGGAGAAAGAUGUAGCCUAUUAAUUUUAAUGUUAAAUGCUAUAAAUAUUAUAAUAUACAUACAAAUUCAAGUAAUUCUUCAUAUAUUUAUGUAUUUUUUUUUUAAAAAAAAGCUGCAUAUGAUUUUAUACAUCUUUAUUUCAGUCAAUAUUAUUUAGUCUUCUGCAGUAGUUUCCUAUUUUAAAUAGUAAACUGCACAAAACUGAAACAAAAAGGAUAGGUCAGAAAAUACUGGCCAAAAGUUUGCACUGCUAGCACUUCUGUUUCCCUAGAAUAUCAUUUGUAUCCUUGGCGUAGGAGUGAGCUGUAAUAAAAUAUAACUUUUAUUAUGAUUAAUUAAAAACUGAAAAAAGAUUAAAGGGACAGUCUAGUACAAAAUAAACUUUCAUGAUUCAGAUAGAGCAUGUAAUUUUAAACAAUUUUCCAAUUUACUUUUAUCACCAAUUUUGUUUUGUUCUCUUGGUAUUCUUUGUUGAAAGCUUAACCUAGGAGGUUCAUAUGCUAAUUUCUUAGACCUUGAAGCCCACCUCUUUCAGAUUGCAUUUUAACAGUUUUUCACCACUAGAGGGUGUUAGUUCACACAUUUCAUAUAGAUAACACUGUGCUCGUGAAGUUAUCUGGGAGCAGGCACUGAUUGGCUAGACUGCAAGUCUGUCAAAAGAACAGAAAAAAAGGGGCAGUUUGCAGAGGCUUAGAUACAAGAUAAUCACAGAGGUUAAAAGUAUAUUAUUAUAACUUUGUUGGUUAUGCAAAACUGGGAAAUGGGUAAUAAAGGGAUUAUCUAUCUUUUAAAACAAUAACAAUUCUGGUGUAGACUGUCCCUUUAAGAACACGAGAGGCUCUGUGAUGCUGUACACCAUCCACCUCAUUGCUGAAAGAUAUAUAUCUGAGUCUAUUGAAAUCUAUUAUGGAUAAGUCAAUCGAGGUAUAUAAGUAGUUAUUUAGAUACUAGGUAUAAGUGUGCCAGCUUUUGGGGUGUUAGGUUAUUGCCUUGACACUGUCAAUAUCAGUAGCAGACCUACUCAACAGAGGGCCCUGGUGCAAUUUUUUUGGGGGCCCCCUAAAGGUACCCAGUAGUAAGCAAUGGCAAUAUGUAUAUGUUGCUCUGUAUAAUGAUUUUGGGGAUAAACAACCUGCACUAAUUAAAGGCUCUUGUACACAUUCUGCACAUGCUCAUGUAUAAUCUGGCUGCUAUGGGCUCCUCCAGCACUUGGGUCCUUGUGCAACUGCACCUGCUGCACCAAUGGUAGUUCUGCCCCUGUUCAAUAUUCUUACAUACACAAUGUGUUGCACAGCACUCUAGUAUGGAAAAAUCAAAAUACCAUAGGUCUCCCUUGAUCUAUAAGAUUGUGAUAAUUGGAUGCUUGGAUGGAAUAUAUCAGCAUUUUAUCAAUUGCUGUUAAUCUAACUUGUCAAUAUGUUACUUUAUCUGUGUUUUUAAAUUCAUAUGAACUUUCCAAUGAUAAUACUUUCGCUUGUUAAAGGACCACUCAAUGCAGUAGAAUUGCAUAAUUAACAAGUGCAUAAUAAAAAUACAAUAAUUUAACACCUACUCUGAAUUUCAAAUAAGCAGUAGAUUUUUUUCUGACUUAUUUUUUCUCCCAUUGUCCAGUCCCCUGUAUCAUGUGACAGACAUCAACCAAUCACAGACUAGUAUAGGUAUACCCUACAAGCUACAUGCUCAGUAGGAUCUUGUUCCUCAGAAAGUGGGUAUAUAACAAGAUUGUGCAAAAUUAGAUAAUGGCAAUAAAUUGGAAAGUGUCUUAAAACUUCUGCUCUAUCUAAAUCAUAAAAGUUUAUUUUGACUUGAGUGUCCCUUUAAAACUGCACCUGUGGUAUAUUGUGCAUGUGACUUCAGUUGGUAUUGAUUAAGUAUAUAGGAUCUCAGAGGUGAUAUAAAAAUAAAAUCAAUUCCAUGCAAUUACA